CUCGAGCGCCGAAAACAUCAUAUUCCGCUGUUCCCAACGACAUGCUCGUGUUCAAUGUUCUCGUGUUAUGCGCGUCGCUGCUGGCAGCUGCAGGGCGUGCAAGGGCCUCAGCAUUGACCACUUCAGUUGCUCCUAAUGAACGCCUCUGUUUCUAUGCUGAUGUCGACAAGGCAGGAGAGAAGAUUGGCUUUUACUUCGCAGUGCAAGCUGGAGGGUCUUUUGACAUCGACUUUGAUGUGAAAGACCCGAACGAGAAGGUCCUUCUUGACGGUCAACGCGAGCGCUCGGGAGACUACGUGCUAACAGCGAAUACCGUUGGAGAAUACUCGUUUUGUUUUGAAAACGACAUGUCCACGUUGACAGACAAGCUCAUCGACUUUGACAUCAUGGUGGAAAGCGAACCGCGGAGAGAAGUGGCAGCGAAGCCUGGCCAAGUAGCGGAUCAUACCAGUCCGCUGGAGGAAAGUGUAUAUCGUUUGAGCAGUAUGUUGAACAGCAUAAAGCGGACACAGAGAUAUUUCCACACACGAGAGACACGAGGUUUCUCGUUGGUGAAGAGUACACAAAGUCGUUUAUUCUGGUAUGCAGUUUGCGAAAGCCUGGCUGUAGUGGGAAUGGCUAUCUUGCAGGUCUACGUACUUCAAACAUUCUUUACGAAAACUGGUCGCAGGUACAAAGUAUAGCACUCGGACUCGUACGUUACUUUGAUGAAAUAUUAUUUUCCUGGAUAAUCUUGUCAAAUCUAUGGUUGUGAGGGAGGACCUGGGCG